AUACAUAAUAGGAUUGGCAGGGGGAUGUCUUGAGGUUAGUGAUGUUAAGCUACUCCAUUCACACACUCCUACCCACAUAUACACUAUCAGUGCUGUGUUUGAAGGACAGGGAUGAAGGAUCCGCAACCACCAGGAGUCAAAUCCAGGCUACCAUGGCCAAAACACAAAGAAAAGUUGGAUAGGAAAGCCAAGAGAAAUGACACCUCAAUGGACACAUCACCCAAAGUUCUUCAAGCCCGUGUUACUAUUCCAGAACUGACCCCAGAACAAAGGAUGAGACAAACCCCAUUUGAGAGGGUGCUUUACGAUAUGAACCACGAUCAGAGGGUGAUCAACGACCUCACACUGGGACGAAGGAUCUCCUUCUAUGAACUCCGGGGAGAAAUAGGAUGUGGCAACUUUUCCCAAGUAAGAUUGGGGAUUCAUGCCCUGACUGAAGAAAGGGUCGCCAUCAAGAUCCUGGACAAGCUUCGGCUGGCCAAAAAGUGUCAGUCCAUGUUUGCCACGGAGAUCAACUGCAUGGAGAAGCUGUGCCACCCUAACAUUGUCCGCUUGUAUGAGGUGAUCGAGACCUCCAAACGCCUUUACUUGGUGAUGGAGUAUGGCAGCGGAGGAGAUCUGCACUCACGUAUCACCAACAGGGGCCGUUUGUCUGACCUGGAAACCAAGCUCAUCUUUGCCCAGAUAAUCUCUGCUACCAAACAUAUGCAUGACAACAACAUUGUCCACCGAGACAUCAAGGCAGAGAACAUCUUCUACACCACCAGCUACUGCAUCAAGGUGGGAGACUUCGGCUUCAGCACUCCGACCGAUCCAACCCAAGUCCUCAACGUGUUCUGUGGCUCCCCGCCAUACGCGGCUCCAGAGCUCUUCAAAGAGAAAGGCUACGUAGGUCGUUACGUGGACAUCUGGGCCUUGGGCAUCCUGCUGUACUUCAUGGUCACCGCCACCAUGCCUUUCAAAGCUGACAACCUGACUCGUCUGAAGCGCUGCAUCUCGCAGGGUAACUACGACCUCCCGGACUACGUGUCCGGCCCCUGCCAAGAGACCAUAAGGGGCAUGCUGAGGCCGGUGCCCAGCGACCGCCACUCUCUCUCUCAGAUCAUGACCAGCACAUGGCUGAGGAGCGUAGAGUAUCCUCAGGCGUACACACCCCUGCCGCAGACAGCCUUCCAUCUGGCAGAGGCCUCCCGGUCACUGUGCGUGGAGGAGCAGGAGGUCAAGUCGGCCCUGUCUGAUUUGGGCAUCAAGGAGGUUCACCUCCAGAACAACACCUGUAGAAAUAACCGCAGUCCCCUGACGGGGACGUACCGUAUUCUCCUCCACCGAAUCCAGAAGAGGAGGUCUGUGGACGUGGUGGGAUAUGCAGCCCUCUACCCGGAGGACUUUGUGAGUAACAAGGGUCGGAUGCCUGCAGCCGUUCUGGACAAGCAGAACCCUACUAGUGUCUGUGUUAUCAUAUAGACCAGGGUUCCUCAACAGAACAGAACCCUACUAGUGUCUGUGUUAUCAUAUAGACCAGGGUUCCUCAACAGAACAGAACCUUACUAGUGUCUGUAUUAUCAUAUAGACCAUGGUUCCUCAACAGAACAGAACCCUACUAGUGUCUGUGUUAUCAUAUAGACCAGGGUUCCUCAACAGAACAGAACCCUUGUUCCAGUGACUGUCAGGUUAAGGACCUUUUCUUUGGACCAAAACAAAAAAAUGUGGCAGAGCGCUUACACUUGAAAACACUUAAGAACUUAAGGUUUCAUACAACUAACUGCAGGAAGAGUUAGCAUGUCCAAGGGACCACUGCUGCUCCACAUGGAUCUGACAUGCUGAGAAACAAUUCCGCGUGACGCAGAGUCUAGCAGGGGAGACUCUAGCAUGCGUUCAAACACACACACACACACACACACGCACCCACACGCACACACACACACAGUGCUGUCAGGGACCCACUGUUCCUAUAGUUCAGUGUAGACCAUGGGUUGAUAAACAGCACCAUCUUGUGCUCGCAUCAGUCAUUACAUUUCAGGACAGCUCAAACAUUUCAGGACCGCUCAGACAGAAAAAAACACAGGCACUGGGAUUCAACUAAAUGAAACAAGUACCAACAACACAGCAGCCAUGUUUGAUUUCAGCUUCUUCUGUACAGUAAUUGACCUAAAUGGGUCUGGUCACUCAGCAGGGCCAUGUCUCUCACACUGGGCUUACAGCCGACGGUGGAGUGACGCAAAGGAUUAAUAUUAUUUUCUGCAUCAGCAUCUUCCAAGCCGACUUAGACCAUUGCUUUGUCAAAAUAUAUCCCAGGCUGUACAAGGACAUCACUAAUCCGUCUUACUGUGAUACAGGAGAAGUGCUUGGUUGGGAUAUGAAUUGGAAGAGAUUUGGAGACUGGCUCGUGCCCUGUUAUUUUCAAUGCAACAUGGGGGUAAACAAUACAAACCCUUAAAUACCUAUACUGUAUGCCUUUAACUUUAAAGUAACUACAAAUAUAAUUAAUUUAAAUGUAACAAAUGUGUUGUAAAAUGUGUAGUCAUGGCACCUCAUGGCAAAGAACUCUCUGAGGAUCUGAAAAAAGAAAAAAUG